AUGGGCUGCCAUCAGGCGAAGGCUUCGAGCCAAAGUGCGCCGCGUGAUCCCUCUACACUUCUGGGGCGCGUCGGGUUGAGGAGCGAUCGCAACGAGAAGCAGGCCAACACACAGGGCGAGAAGCCGACGAGCAAGUUUCGCCGCCCACGCACCAGAGAGUGCGAGGAGGCGGAGCUGCAAGUCUUGGCUAAGUCGGUCGGGGAGCAGCUCCCGGCAGGUCCGCGCAUCUGCAUCCUGGGCAGCACGGCUUUUUGGAAGGAGAGCACCGAGCCUUUGGUGAAAGCUCUGGCUCGAAGGCUUAGCCUCAGCCUCCGGGACAGCAAUGCCGUCGUCCUCACCGGCGGUAUGCCUGGGGUUCAGGAGGUCCUCGCCAAGGGCCUCCAGAACGGCGGCUUCCAGAGAGUGGUGAACUUGGUUCACCUGGGACAUGAAAGCGGUUUCUGUGCAGGUGAGGACUUGGCCGCUGGACUGGACGCUGUGGAACGCCGGAAAGUUUUCGCAAGCCUGGGUGAUGUUUAUCUCUGCAUCGAGGGAGGCGCUGGCGUAGCAGAGGAGGCGCAGGCAGCCUUCGACAACGGCGCCUUCAUCUUGCCGAUACCCUCCACCGGCGGCGCUUCUGGCGGAGCCUUUGACUUUCCGAAGGCGGCUUUGCAGAGACCGAGGCAUGUAUCACCAGAAGAGUGGACCAUGUUGGAGACCGACGGCCACCCAGAAGAGGCGGCAACUGCCAUUGCGCGCACCUCAGCCGAGGGUUCUUGGUCGGGUUUGGGGCUUUUCGGGUUUUGGGCCGGGGCUGCGAGGUUUGCAGGCUCUGUGAACUUGCGCUCAUGA